CCCCUCUGUAUCCCGGCAUGCACCGGACGUGACGUUUCUCCCGCCCCGCUGUAUCCCGGCGUGCCCUGGGGCUCUGCCGGAUGUGGAGGCCGCCUCAUGGCUCAGGGGAAGCAGAAGUUCCAGGCCCAGAAGCCGGGCGGGGGGAAGAAGGCGGCGGCCCCCCAGGGGGUCCGGGGACCCCGCAAGGGAGGCCGGAUAAUUGCUCCCAAGAAAGCCCGGGUGAUCCAGCAGCAGAAACUGAAAAAGAAAUGCAAGUAUGAAGAAGAAAACCGAAGUUUUAAGCCAGAAUGGGAGGAAGAGUUUGCAUUUACUGUUAAAAGUGGCAAACCUCUGUGCCUUAUCUGCAAUGCAUCGCUCGUUCACUACGAAGCGAGCAACUUGAAACAUCGCUAUGAAACAAAUCACAAUAACUUUCAUCUAAAUACCCUCCUGAAUCAGAAUUAAGGAAAAACAAGCUAACCGCUUUAAAAUUACACCUAAACAGUCAGCAGACGCUGCUUUCAGCAUUCAGUAAGGAAGCUGACACAACGACUGAAGCCAGUUUUAUUAUGUCAUGGAAUAUCGCUCGUGCUAAACAUCCAUAUUCUGAUGAAGAAUAUUGUGGAAGUGGUUGCAAUUUUAGAUCCAAAUAACACACAACUUCAACGACUAAUAAAACAGAUUCCGAUUUCGUGCCACACUAUGGAGACGCGUAUCUUCCCAGAUCAGUGCUAAAUGUUGCAAGCAAGAAGCAAAACGAUCUAAAGAAUUCUCUAGCAUUCAGCCUAGCUCUUGACAAAUCCACAGAUAUACAAGAUAAACCCCAACUAGCGAUAUUUGUUUGCUACGUUUCCGUGGAAGGAUAAGAUUAUUUCUGAGCUUACUCAGACAGUCUUCAUCUUCCAGAACAAGUUAAAGCUUCUGCAAAGAGACAUAGUGUCAAGAGACUUCAACCACUUUCCCCACCUCAAGAGGAGGGUAAACAUAUUCCCCGAAAUCAAAGUAGAAGAUCACAAACUCGAGGAAUUCAGAGGUAAAUUUCAAGGACUGCUUGGUGACUUUCUGGCCAGGUUUGAAGACUUGCAGAAGUUAAGAUCCUGCUUCACCUUUCUUGUAACCCCAUUCAUGGUUGAUGUGAUCAACGAUGGCUGUCCAAUUCCCAAAACCAUGCUUACGGAAACCCUUACUAUAGAAAUGGAACUCCAGGAGGACCAGGCUCUAAAGAUGAUGCAUAAAUCACAGUCUGCAAUCGAGUUCUGGAAGCAAGUGCCAGGAACGAAGUAUCUUCAACCAAGAAGAUCAGUGUGCGACUCAUUCAAUUUUCAGCACAACAUACUGCUGUGAAUCGCUGUACUCCCUGCCGAAGUUGGUAACAUCAAAACCUCCUGCAGUCCUUACAAAUCAACCUGCGGAGACUAGACGGGAUUUAAAUUCUGUGUUGUAAAUCAAAGCUGAUAAUUCACUCCAAUCUGCCUUAUCUACUUCACAAGGGCCAUACCUGAACAUAUCGGAGUGACCAAUAUAUAGAUAUUUUUUUCCUCGUUGUUUCCUUGUGCUCAUCUGUCAGUCGGCCUGUAUCAUCUGUUGUCUCUUGCCUUUGAUAGUAAAUUCUGCGACGGUGAAAA